AUGGCCGGGCUCAACCACGGCCCGGCACGUACACAGCUCUUCCGUGUCAAUCCAGCCUCGUUCGAAGAGGCUGUUCGCAUUGCCCUAGCUGAGUCGUACGCCACAGCCCUAGCGCACAAUCGUGCCGAUCCAUCGGACAUGGAUAUCACGGCAUUAUCCCAUACCAACGACGCCAACCAAUGGCCGCUUCCACGUGAUCGAUUUGAAGCGAUCCAAGCGUUCUUCGUGGCUCCUCGCCUUCGACGCUCUCAAAUCCAACAUCAAGAGUGCCCAUAUUUGGCGCUUACGGACUUUUCCAAGUCGUUCAGCGUCAUCUGUAACGCUUCCCAGUACGCCAUCGGCUGUUGCAUCCACGCCGCCGAGCGUUCGUACCUUGUCCACGAUCUCGAGCUCCUCUCGAUCAAGUACGCCCGCACAAAGUUCAGCGUCUACCUCAUCGGCGUGGACCCCUUCAUCUUUUACACUGACCUUGCGUCGUUGCGAACUGCCGUCAACACGCCCCACAUGUCAGCUCGCAUGACUCGCUGGCUUUCCAUAUUCACCGAAUACAACUUCUCGUUUCAAUACAAAGUAGGCAAAGACAACGUCCUUGCUGGCGCUCUCUCUCCGUGUCCUGACUAUUCGUGUCCUUAA